AUGGAGGCGCUGGACUUGGUGUCUUCUCGUGCUUCGGCCCACCUGCAUGCCAAGAUCACGAGUCUGGAAAACCGCGAGUUUCCAAGGAGCACCACCAAAAGAGAGGAUAUGAGUAUUUCCAGCCUUACUAGCGAGGGUGGUGUACUAGAAAAGAUUUGGCAGACGUUGCAGGCUGAUGAAAGCCAAUCGGAGGAGGAGCAUGGUGCUGUGGAAAACAUCAUGGCUAACCUGAAUCUGCUAGACUCUGUCUGUCCAGCCGCAGCUAUCCAGCAGGUAAAAUACCCCUGCCUAAUUGCUUUUCGCUUCUUGCUCUAG